GGCUUAAAUAAACCAAGCAACUGAUUAGGUCAUCCUGGCCAGGAGAGGGCCUCCAAGAGCCCUCAUAGUCUCACAUAAGACUUUUGGCAAAUGCAUAUUUUUGUGUAGGUGAUGCACAAUUUGUAUUUUAUCACCUGUAGCAUUCUUUCAGUAUAUGCCAAAUUUCUCCCUGUUUUCAUACAAGAGGAGAGUUUAAGUCACAGUUCCGACUCGCAAAGUUUGAGUUUGCCAAGCAGCCACAAGUUCAGGUUUUAUUAUUUAGUUUAAUUAAAUGUAAUGUGUCCUUAAUUCCAAAGUAAAUUUUGACAAUGGGAUUUCUUAUUUUCUCAAUUUCUCCUGAAGAUAUCAUAGAUGGUUAGUUGUGUCCAGGAAGAAUCUCCUGUUGAGUUAAGGGCCUGUACACAGGAACAGAAAAAGAAAAGGACAAUAGUUUCCCAUGAUUCCGUAGUUUGUAGUUUAGAGCAGCUUGCCAGCUAGGCUACCUAGCGAGCUACAAAAUAGUGGUGGCUGUUACAAGAGACGCGGUGAGCUCUGCUGCUCCAUUCCCAGGUAGUUUCACUGUCGGGUUUUGCACCUGCCGCAGGUGAGAUGGCCUCGCUUGGGCAGCCGGCCUCUGUGGUCGCCAGCCUCGUACCGGGGAUGGGGAAGUCCGCAGCCGUGCUGGGUCUGUCCGCUGGGCUGGGGGGAGCGGAGCUGCAGCUGCAGAAGAUGCUCAUCGACGAGAGGAUCAAGAGCGAAAACCACCGGACCAACUACCAGACCCUGAAGGCUGAGCACACCAGCCUGCAGACGCAGUUCACUCACGCUCAGGGGGAAGUGAGGCGCCUGCUGGGCGACAAACAGAGCGAGCAGGAGAGGCUGCAGCUGCUGCUGGCUGAGCUGCGGGGAGAGCUGCUGGACAAGACCAGGGAGCUGGAGGAGCUGCGCCUGCAGGUGAUGACCCCUCAGCGGCUGGAGCUCCUCAGAGCUCAGGUGCAGCAGGAGAUGGAGGCUCCGGUGAGGGAGAGGUUCAACAAGCUGGAGGAGGAGGCGGAGAAGUACCGGUCUGAGUACAACAAGCUGCGCUACGACUUCACCAUCAUCAAGUCCCAGCUGGAGCACCAGAGGGAGGAGCACAGCCGCAUGCUGGAGGAGAGGAGGGUCCUCCACGAGGCCGAGGUUGCCCGGCUGGAGAAGGAGCGGGAGGAGCUGGUGGCGCAGUAUCAGGAUUCAGAGGCCCUGUGUGACGGGAAGCGGGUGGAGGCUCUGCUCAGGGAGAAGGCCCAGCUCCACCAGAGGCUCAAAGGCCUGGAGGCGGAGGUGGCCGAGCUCAGAGCCCAGAGGGACACGUCGGGUCAGCAGGCUGAGAGCGUGCAGCGCAUCCAGAUCAGACAGCUGACGGAGCUGCAGUCUGCGGUCAAGUCACAAGAGGCGGAGCGUCAGUCGCUGCGGCAACAGCUGGACAGGAUGGAGAGCGAGCUCCAGCAGAGCCACGAGCAGAACGGCCAGCUGACUGGGAGGCUGCACCGCGCUGAGAGGGAGGCCAGCGCUCUGACCGCUCAGAUCGACAGCCUGAAGCAUUCACACAAGCUGGAGCUGGCCAGCGUCAGGCUGGAGUGUGCUCGCUCCAAAGGAGACAUGGAGAGGGAGAGGGACACGCUGCAGGGACAGAUGGACGGUCUGCAGGCAGACGUUGAGGUGCUGAAGGCGGCGUUGGAGCGAAACAAGGAGGUUGUGUUGGAAAAAGAGAGAGAGAUGGUGAGGAAGGUGCAGUCGGCCCGAGAGGAGGAGUUCCACAAGAUGGCCACCUUACACGAGGAGAGGCUGGAGUUGGAGAACCGCCUGGCAGUGUUGGAACAGCAGAGGGCGCUGCAGGACUCGUCGGAUCAGGCGCUGAAGGAGGAGUGGGAGGAACGACUGCGCAGCGCCCAGCAGGGAGAGGAGUCGCUCCGCAGAGAGCUGCAGAACCUCAGAAACAAAGUGCAGCAGCAGAGUUCACAGCUAGAGGAGCUAGAGAGACAGAAAGCAGAGAUUAGUGACCUGCAGCAGCAGAACCAAGAGCUCAGCGUCCAGCUGGGGGCGCUGUCGCGCUCUGAAGGCGAGCUGACGGACGCCAACCAGAGACUGAGGGAGACUCUGGACAGAGUGAGGGAGGACGUGCGGGCGACCCGGGCCCAGGCGGAGCGGAGCCAGCAUGAGGCGGAGAGGACGGUGGAGGAUCGGCGGGUCCAGUGGUUGGAGGAGAAACACCGGCUGCAGGAGCGAGAAGCAGAGCUGCAGCAGAAAUACUCUCAGGCUAAGGAGAAGCUGCAGAGAGCAGCAGUGGCUCAGAAGAAGAGGAAACAUCAGACGGAGAACAGAGAGAAGAAGCUGCACAACAAGAUCCAGCUGCAGGAGGCUAAAAUCGAACAGCUGGAGCUGGAAGCUGCUGCUGCCAUAAAGAGGUGGAUGUCACUCCAUCAUGUCUGCAGCUCCUCUGUCACACAUCACUUAUUAACAAUAUUAAUAUUGUAUUCUUCCAGACGGUCAAUGUUCUCAGAGGAGCAGGCGCAGCUGAAGCGGAGGCUGAAGGAGCUGCAGCGACGACACGACGAGUUCCGCUCCCUCCUGCUGAGCGGUCAGAGCCCUGCCCUCAUGCCCUCCCAGCUCUCCCUCGGGGUCGAAGGGCGACUGGCUGCUGACCUGGAGGGAGAGUUCUCUCUGCUGCAGAGGAGACUGGAGAGUCUGGAGAACGCUCAGCAGCAGCAGCUGGAGGAACUGGGAUCACUGGUGCAAAAGGAGCACGAUGAACCUCCCAAACACGACCCCCUGACCUCUGACCCUGUCACUUUGGACUGAUAAACAUUUUGUAAUCAGGCGGUGCUUUUCAAGUCAAGUGCAUGAAAAUGGUUUGCACAGAUGUAUUUUUCUAAAAGUGAACCAGUUUGUUUUUUUCUGCACCUUGAACAAAACUGACUCAGGGUUCAACGUGUUUAAACCAGGGGUCAGAAACUCACUGCUGCUUAACUAAACCUGCUUAAAAACGUUUUCUAAUUUAGCUUAUUUUAUGGCUAAAAAACAAUUUUAUAUCAUAAAAAAAAAGUUUUACAGUAAAGAAAUUUAUAUUUAUGCAAAAUGUAAAAAUGCAAUGUACUUUUACAAUAUAAAAAAAACUAACUUUUUCUUGUGCCAUUAAGUUCCAUUGUGGUGUAGAACGUAUCAGCAGCUUGCAGACCCCUGGUCUAAACCACAGAGGAGGAAAUGAUUUGUAUCAUUGCAGAUGUGACAAAAAGCACUACAUGCUGCAACUUGCACAUGAAAUGUACGGGUUGUUAUUUUUACUUGAACAAUUACUCAGGGCUCUUUGUGACUCAUUUGUGACACUUCCUCUGUCUUAAUGUGAUAUUAAAUGCUUCUGUUCAUCA